AUGGAGGUACAAACUUGGCUUGCAAUUGACUUAUCAGCCUCCUCAAGUGACCAAACCACUGGUUCUGAAAUGCAAAGCACCUCAACUAUUUCUCAAGAAACAAACAGUUUCACUAGUCCUGAAACCAAUUCAUCUCCAUCAAAUCUAUCUCACAAAACCCUAAAACCCUCCAUCUCUCACCUCUGCAUUGCCACUCUCAAAACCCUAACCCCACAAAUCAGCUGCCUCGCCGUCCACAACCACGCCCUCUACGCCGCAUCCAUCAACCAAAUCAACGUCUUUGAUCUAACAAACCAUGCCCUCAUCGACACAUUCAGCUCCGAUGAUCCCCGUUCCGGUGUGGUCAAGUCCAUUGCAUUCGGAAAUGGGAAAAUCUUCACCGCUCAUCAAGACUGUAAGAUCAGAGUGUGGCGAAUUUCACCAUCUAAACGGCACCGUUUAAUGUCCACUCUUCCUACAGUUAAAGACCGUUUAUACCGUUGCAUUUCUCCGAUGAACUAUGUCCAAGUCCGGCGUCACGUGAAACGGUUGUGGAUAGAACAUGUGGAUGCCAUUUCGGGUUUAGUGAUUAAUGAUGGUUUAAUAUAUUCAGCGUCAUGGGACAAGAGUUUUAAGGUAUGGAAAAUGUCGGACCAACGUUGUUUGGAGUCCAUUAAAGCCCAUGAUGACGCCGUUAAUGCCGUUGCCGUCUCUGGUGACAGCCUGGUGUACACCGCAUCGGCGGACGGAAAGAUUAGGGUUUGGGAGAGAGGUGAUGGAGAGAGAAGGGGUAUGCAUGUGUUGAUCACUACGUUAGAGAAGCAUAAAUCAAGUGUCAAUGCGCUUGCAUUGAAUGGUGAUGGAUCGGCGUUGUUUUCGGGCGGUGGUGACCGUCUGAUCUUAGUGUGGGAGAGGGAGGAGGGUGAUGAUCAUAAUCACAUGAUGGUUGCAUGGUCGUUGAGUGGGCAUGGAGGGGCUGUACUGUGCCUAAUGUGUGUUGAUGAUGUGUUAGUGAGUGGGUCAUCGGAUCGGACGGUUAGGGUUUGGCAACGUGGCACUGAUGGUGGAUUUUGUUGUGUGACAGUGUUGGAAGGACAUGUGAAGCCGGUUAAGUCGUUGGUGGCAGUUUCCGGUGGCAGCGUUUCGACUGGCGGUGGCCGCGUUUCGACUGGCGGUGGCGGCGUAAUGGUCUAUAGUGGAAGUCUUGAUGGUGAGGUUAAGGUGUGGCAAGUCAUGGUUUCUGAUGUUAGUAGCGAGUCACCAGCUUCAUAUAAUCUGAGAUUGACCCGUGAUGUUUAA